GCUGUGCCCGGAGGCCCCGCCCCCCGCCCACGAGGAAGUGGCUGCUGCGCUGCGCGGGUCUCAGAGCCGGUUCGGCGCGUCGACUGUCCAGAGUCCGCGGCCGGGGCGCCCCGAGACAGGGCACAGCUGACGCAUAUUCUGUCCCCUCCCUGGGUCCAGGAGACAAGUGACUAUGGCCUACCACAGCUUCCUGGUGGAGCCCAUCAGCUGCCAUGCCUGGAACAAGGACCGUACACAGAUCGCCAUCUGCCCCAACAACCAUGAGGUACACAUCUAUGAGAAGAGUGGUGCCAAGUGGAACAAGGUUCACGAGCUUAAGGAGCACAACGGGCAGGUGACAGGUAUCGACUGGGCCCCUGAGAGUAACCGCAUUGUGACCUGUGGCACAGACCGCAAUGCCUAUGUGUGGACACUGAAGGGCCGCACAUGGAAACCCACACUGGUCAUCCUGCGGAUCAACCGAGCUGCCCGCUGUGUGCGCUGGGCCCCCAAUGAGAACAAGUUCGCGGUGGGCAGUGGCUCCCGUGUCAUCUCCAUCUGUUACUUUGAGCAGGAGAAUGACUGGUGGGUGUGCAAGCACAUCAAAAAACCCAUCCGCUCCACCGUCCUCAGCCUUGACUGGCACCCCAACAACGUGCUCCUGGCUGCCGGCUCCUGUGACUUCAAAUGCAGGAUCUUCUCUGCCUAUAUCAAGGAGGUAGAGGAGCGGCCAGCCCCGACACCAUGGGGCUCUAAGAUGCCCUUUGGGGAGCUGAUGUUUGAGUCGAGCAGCAGUUGUGGCUGGGUGCAUGGCGUCUGCUUCUCGGCCAAUGGGAGCCGUGUGGCUUGGGUCAGCCAUGACAGCACUGUGUGUCUGGCAGACGCUGACAAGAAGAUGGCUGUUGCAACCCUGGCCUCGGAAACCUUGCCACUCCUGGCCAUCACCUUCAUCACAGAAAAUAGUCUAGUGGCAGCGGGCCACGACUGCUUUCCUGUGCUGUUUACCUAUGACAGUGCUGCGGGGACAUUGAGCUUUGGUGGUCGGCUGGACGUGCCCAAGCAGAGCUCCCAGCGUGGCCUGACAGCCCGUGAACGCUUCCAGAACCUGGACAAGAAGGCCAGCUCUGAGGGUGGUGCAGCCACGGGCGCUGGCCUAGACUCACUGCACAAGAACAGUGUCAGUUUUCAUGGGAAUAGGUCUGGGCACUUGUGGCCAGCAAGCCAAGCCUCUAAACCCAAUAUUCCUACAGUCAAAUCUCAGUGCUCAGUGGAGGCAAGGCCAAGUGCUCGCAGUUCUGCACCACAGGCAUGGAUGGUGGCAUGAGCAUCUGGGAUGUGAAGAGCUUGGAGUCAGCCUUGAAGGACCUGAAGAUCAAAUGAGCGGUGGAGUGCCACCCUCAACCCAGCUGCUGGGAAAGAAGGAAAGGGGCUGGGGAGGCUAAGGGUUGCUUUGCUGAAUGCUUCUAGGGUGCCAGUAUGGGGCUGCUCCCCAAGAAGGGAGAAGACAGGUAGGAACUUUCCUACCUAUUUAAGGAACAUGUUAAAGAAAUGCUUUUACCUGUUGCUUAAAAAAAGAAAAAAGCCCCUAAGCAUAAUGCUGGUCAUGAAUCGCUUCAGAAUAUGGGGUAAUAAACACACCAACUGUGGA